CAGCAUCAUAAGUAUGGCUUCGCAUAACACCGACAACCCAUGGCAAGACCAGCCCAGUCAGCAGCAAAACUACCAAAGCCAAAACCCGUACCAAACCUAUCAAAAUCAGUCUCACAAUCCAUACUCUCAACAAAUGCCACCAAAUCCACUAGGCCAACACCCUCCUCAACAGCAUGAUACAUCUCCAUGGGCCCAAGAGACCGGCCAGACCCAAUCUCACAACCCUUAUGCCCAGACCACCCCUCAGGAGACUUCUCAACACUCAUACUAUCAACAAGACACACCACAACAACCCUACCAGGGCCAGACAUCGAAUGCUACUCAAGGAGAGGUCCCGCCUGGUCUGCCACCUCGCCGCACAGCCACGGAAAUGGCGCUCCCUACUGGCCAAGACCGCUCCCACCAGAUCGAGGUCAUGCAAAGCUAUGAAGCGGCAGGAAGGAAAGACGAUGACGACGAAAAUGUCGAGAUUCUCCAGCGCGAAUUUCCAAAGCUCGAUGGAAGCCUUAUUGCCGCCAUUUACGGCGAUAGUAAGAGUCUAAGUGCAACUCGAGAGAUGUUACACGCGUUGGAGUAGAUGGAGGGGUCCUACGGAAGUUGGGGUCAGAUUGGAGAGGCACUAAGCGGACCCGGAUGGGUUGGAGAACGAAAGUAUACUCGGGGAUCGUAGCGUGUCUUGUUGGAGGCUUAUGCGUGCAUGGCUCUCCCCCCUGUUAGUAUUGAGUUUAUUGUGCAGUUUAAAUCGUCGACAACUCUUAAGGUUCGCCAUGCAACCAACCGCCUCCACCUAC